AUGCCCUCGCAAAAGAAACCAAUCAUCCAAGGCCACGGGAGCGGCACGGCAAAUGAGACUCUGAGCACUGCGCCCCUCUUCUUCCACCACGAGGACCGGAAAUACGGCGAGUUCAGUCAGUGGUACGGCUCCAGCUUCGUCGUCAGCAAGCUGCAAAUCUCCGCCCUCGUCGGGCAGCCUGUGAGCUCCUUCUCCUCCCCGGACGACUACAGCGAUGACAUCUCAUUCGUCACGGCGGAGCAGUUCAUGAUGUUCUGUAAAGCGGUCUGCUUCGGGGAUCGUAGCAUUGCCGCGCAGAUCCUGCAAACCCGGGACCCGAGGGAUCAGAAAGGCCUGGGCAGAGCCGUAGCUGGUUUCGACCCCGUCAAGUGGGAUGCGGUCAAAAGCGCUGUAGUGGCGGCGGCGAGCUUGGCAAAGUUUGGCCAGAACGAGGAGUUGAGAGCUCUCUUGCUGGGUACGGGACGUAGAGAGCUCACUGAAGCUGCCCCUAAUGAUCGGAUCUGGGGCAUAGGAUUCAGUGAAAAGGACGCGAGGAACAUGCGUAGCCGGCGCGAAUGGGGAGAGAAUCUACUUGGGAGGGCCUUGGUGGUGGCCAGGGAGACUCUGCGGAUGGAGGACAAAAGGCACCUCGAAGGCGCAGCCGGCCACCGCUGA